AUGUUCAACCAAUAUCGCCACAGAGACGUCCCAGUCUACACCGAAGAAUGUGCCUUCCACUUUGACUUGGCACAAGUAUCUGAGAAAUAGAGUGCUGUUUUUGAGAAAUCAACCCACUCCACAGAAAAAAAAUUUUAAGGAAGAUCUUCAUCGUCAGAAAGCACUAAAACUCACACCUUUAAUUUAUUGCUAAAGAAAUCUUCAAGAAAUAACGAGAAGACAAUGAACGGAACAGGAUUUAUACCUGAUCUGAAAGCGUUAAAUAUCGGCUCAGGCAUGUAAUCUCGUAAAGCAGCCUAAAAUGGUUUAGGAAUAUUAGACAUUGAAUGUUCAAUCAGCUCAUCAUCUCAUAACACAAAUAAUGAUACCUCACAAGUUAGACCAGUACAUUUUAGCUAGAAGGACAGUUUACAACUUAAUCAAUCUUAAAACUUCAUUCACGCUGAUUAGCAGUUACACUUUCAUCACAGCAAAGUCGUGAGAGAUGUAUCAAACCCAAGAAGAAAUGACAAACUUGCCUAAAAUAUGAGGCUAAAAAAUAAGACCAUAUUGAAAUCAAAUGUUCUUGAGUAGAACAAUAAUAGCAACAAUUUUGGAAAUAAUAACAACAAUGUUAAAAACAUCAGAAAUCAAAAGCUACCUCUAAAGGAUAUCACUCAUAUGAUCCUAAAUAACAUCAAGCAAAGCAAGAGCAAAGCUACUUCUCAGACUAAGACCUACGAUUGCUCAAUAAAUUAUCAGCAAAAAAAGAAAUAAUAAGCCUAAAAUUACUUUUAAAGUGAGAAUGAGCCAUAAGUUUAACCUUAUGGAAACCCUUCAGUCCCUUAAGUUAAGGUAUAGCCAAAGCAAUUGAGUGAAAGUCAUAAUAAUUCUCCUAGAAUCACCUCCGCUAUAGGAAGUGGUAGAUUCAAGAGAUAAUUUAACAAAAUUGACAGAGAGACUGAUAUAAACUUCUAUCAAGACAUUCUUACCUAAAGCUCAGCAGUAGAAGAAUAGCAAUAACCAUUGUUCACUCAUAAUUCAAAUCAAAAUAAUAGCAACAAUAAGAAUAAGAAUUUCUAGUCAUCAUUUUUCCUCCAGCCUAAGGUUCAAAGAAAUGCAGUCUAGAGAUAGAUGAUUAUUGAUUAAAAUUGCAACAAUGUGAAUAUGAGCACCAUUUCUCAAGGUGAAAAUGUAAAAUCAAUUGAAUGCCCAGAAGCACAUGCUCUUCAAAUUAAUCAAGGCAAUCUUAGACAAGCUCAAAGAUAAAACUAAUUCAAAGACAGAGUGCUUUGCAAAGACAAAGCAAGAGGCAAAUCACAUAAUAGCCCAAAGAAUGGAACUUCUCUUGAUAGAAUGCUUCUUUCAAUAAAAACCUAAUAAAAACUGAAAAAGUUCAAAUUUGACAGAACCAAAAAUGAAGCCAAACUGUCCCUUUAAAACAAUCAACAGAUAGUAGACUCCUUCUUUGAAAAAGAACGCCUACAAUUCAGAUCAAACUGUCCACUUGAAGGACAUCAAAUCACCAUGAACUAUCGAACUAAAAUGGUUGAUUGGAUGAUUGAAGUGUGUGUUUCAUUUAAGCUAGAGGAAAGAACCUGGUUCCUUGCUGUAUCAAUUUUUGAUAAGUAUUUAAGUUUAAACAAAGGCAUUAAAGUGUUACAUAACUCAGAUGUUCACUCUAUUGGUAUUACUUCACUCUAUCUUGCCUCUAAAUACCAAGAUAUAUAACCAAUUAAUUCCUUUAUUGCAUAUGAGAAGAUCGGACAUUGUGCAGUUCCUUAAGCUGAUAUCCUUAGAAACGAGUCCGAAUUCUUAAGAGUAUUUGACUUCCAGCUAGAUUUAAUUACUCCCUUUGAUUUUCAUCAAUACUUUAUGGGAGGCAUCUCACAAAACAUGAGUGAUAUGCAUUAAGACUUAUAUCUUAAAUUGAAUGAGUUAAGUCUCUACAUGCUGAGGAUGAGUCUUGAGAAUAUCGAAUUCUUGAGAUAUGAACCAUCAAUGCUAGCUGCUGCAAGUAUAUAUAGCGCAAUUAGCUUGCUAAAAAGAAGCAAUAAGUUCGGAAAGUGUAUGACACAUGAAUAGUAUAAAGAACUUGCAAAAGAUUGUUUAAUAAUAACUAGAAUGCAGUAUAGAAUUGAACAACUUGACAUUGCUGGAAAGUAAAUGAUACAGUUUUUAUCACUAUUUGACAACUGGCAUUGUGGAUUAAAUCAACUAAAAAAGUUCAAGCCAUUAUCUUUUACUCUUAAGUGA